AUGAAGUAUAGCGACAUUAACAUCUUCAGCCUGACAGGAGAGGUAAAUGAGGAUGAUACCAUCCUCCCGUUCCACAAAUCGCGCACGAUCUCCCGAAAGUCUUCUACCGUAGAUGUAGACGGUUCGGUCCACAUGAUGCGUGGUAUCGCGUACGAUACAGACAUGUACAAUUCUGACGACGAAAAGGAAGACGCUAGCAACCUUUUCAAUUGGAAUCUGCGCAAACUCAGUGCGGCUACGUUCGAACUGCUGGCGAACGUUUUCAAGGAGACUUCCUGUCAAUCCUGUAGCCCGUGCUCAAGAAGACACAAGGAGUGGAUGAUUAAGGAGAGCCAAGUACUGUCGCUGGGAGCGAUCGUUGAAACCCACAUGGACGAUAUGGUGUUCCAUGUGAACAGCUUAUCAUAUUCAUGGGGAGGCGUGUUUGAUGAUGCUCUUGGGGUGACGUAG